AUGGCCGCCAUUACCGGACUGUCCGCUCUCUCCGCCACCCCUAAAUCUCCUCCACCAUCACUUCUGGCGUCGCCUCUACACAUCACCCAUCCGUAUCUCUCCAGAUUCCUAAACGUGUCUCCGUUUCCCGCGCUCUGUACCUCUCGCCGGAGAAGGAUCCCGUUGAUUCCGGCGUGUUCUUCGAUUGGCGACGGAGAAGAAACGGUUGAGUCAAGAGAUGGUGAUGAUGGGAUUAGAGAGACAAUGAUGUUAUCUGUUUCUCCUUUGCCUCUUCUCCUCGUUGCUUCUCUCCCUGGAGCUGCAACUGUAAGAUCUGCUUUUGGUCCCUUUGUGGAGAUUGUAAAAUCAUUGAAUCUACCUGAAUGGCUUGUUCAUUGGGGUCAUCCAGGGAACAUGGCAGUGGUUCUUUUUGCUAUGGGUGGCUAUGGAACAUACCUAGGCUUCCGGAUUCGUUAUUCAGAUGACAUUGAGGAGAAGGCAAUGGCAAAAGACCUGCACCCAAAGCUUCUAGCCGGAAUGUUUUUCUUUUUCGCCCUUGGAGCUACUGGCGGUGUCACAUCCCUUCUUACCUCUGACAGACCCAUCUUCGAAAGCCCGCACGCUGUUACAGGAGCCAUAGGUCUUGCCCUCUUGACGAUUCAAACAAUUUUACCAACUUUGUUUAAGAACAAACCCGAGCUGAGGAGCGUACACGGGAUCCUCGGGAGCGGAAUAAUGGCGCUUUUUCUUGUCCAUGCUGCUCUUGGCCUUCAGCUCGGUCUCAGUACCUGA